CGGUAUCUGCUUGCGGCGGGGGUCUCAGUGUCUGCGUGUCUAGCGUAUCUGCUGAUUUAGCUUUCCUUAUCCACCCAAGUGCAUGGCUCGCUCAGUGCUUAUGUCGCCCUUCCUCAUGGCAGAGUAAGAUGCGAUGCUGGUUGAUGGGUCCGGAAGAUGGCGACAAGGUAGGAUCGACGAUCACGAGACACCCGCUCACACCUAGCUCAGAUGGUCCUCAUACACGGGCUCUCCAUUCCCGCUGUCAUAUGGAAAAACAUCGCUCCUGUUCUUGCAUCACCGGCUAUCAUGUACUUCUCUACGAUCUCCACGGCAGGGGAUACUCCGACGCACCACAAGUUACCUACGACGUAUCCCUAUAUACGACCCAUCUCGCCUUGUUGAUUUAACUGGUACAACGCUCAUAUAGUUGGCCUCUCAAUGGUGGCAUCGUAGCUGCAUUCGCAACCCAAAUUCCUCCACUGGUGAACGGACAAAUCUCUCCGAUAGUUUUG